AUGCAUUUUUAUCGUGUCUGUCUGAUUUUACUCCAUAUAGGCAGUUUAUUAUGUUAUUUACCUUAUCUUAUGGUACACAUAACAUAUCUUUCAUUUGAUUCAAUAUCAUUUCAAUCGAAAUUUGCUUAUAUAACCUACUGGGUUAACUAUUGUGUAGUUGUUAUUGGAGUUUUAAUUUGGUGUCUUUUUGUUGUUUGUCGAAAACAAACACCAUGGCAAAUUAUACAAGUAUCUGGAUUUUUAUUAAUUGCCAAAUUAAUUUAUACAAUACUUGAUUUGAUAACAAAAAUUCUUUUACGACAUGAAUUGAUUGUAGUUAUUUUUGAUUUAGUGCAUAUUAUAAUUUUAUUUCCAGCUAUAUUAAUUACCUUUUUACUUGUUCAACAUGUUAAAAGGAUAAUAAUUGUAUACAAUGAAUCUCAAUCAUAA